AUGAACGUCAUAGACUCCUGCUGGCGCACCAAGCCGAACUGGGCCUCCAACCGCCGCGCAUUGGCCGAUUGCGCCGUCGGGUUCGGGAAAAACGCCGCCGGCGGGAAGAACGGCGACAUGUAUAUGGUCACCGACCCGUCGGAUAACCCGGGGAACCCGAAGCGGGGCACGCUUAGGUACGGCGCUAUUCAAACGGCGCCGUUGUGGAUUACGUUUGCGAGGGAUAUGGUGAUUACGCUGAAGAAUGAGCUUAUGGUGAAUAGCUAUAAGACCAUUGAUGGGAGAGGGGCGAAAGUGGAGAUUGCUAAUGGGCCUUGCAUUACGAUUCAAGGGGUGACCAAUAUAAUCAUACAUGGAAUUAGUAUGCACGAUUGUAAGCCCGGGAAUUCCGGCACGGUGAGGGAUACUCCCACGCAUGCCGGCCGCCGUCGCGGCUCCGACGGCGACGCCAUUUCCAUCUUUAGUGCCUCCAACAUUUGGAUUGAUCAUUGCUACCUCGCACGUGCCGCCGACGGCCUCAUUGACGUCAUUCAUGGCUCCACCGCCAUCACCAUUUCUAACAACUAUUUCACUCAACACGACAAAGUUAUGUUGUUUGGGCAUAACGAUAACAACGUAGAAGACAAAGCUAUGAAAGUUACAGUGGCGUUCAAUCAUUUUGGCCCUGGUUUAAUUGAAAGAAUGCCUAGGGUGAGACUAGGUUAUGCUCAUGUUGCUAACAAUAGAUACACUGGAUGGUUGAUGUAUGCAAUUGGUGGGAGUGCAAACCCUACCAUUUUCAGUGAAGGGAACUACUUUAUGGCACCGAAUAGACCCGAUUCGAAGCAAGUUACAAAGAGGGAGGUAAAGAAAGGGUGGUCGAACUGGAAAUGGAGGUCGUCCAAGGAUAAAUUUCUAAAUGGGGCAUACUUCAUACCUUCCGGAUAUGGAAGCUGCGCGCCGUACUACACCAAAUCUCAGUCGUUUCCGGUGGCGGACGGGUCUAGGGUUCCGGCGCUCACGGCGGACGCAGGCCCGCUCAGAUGCUCCUCCUACUCCUCCAAAUGUUGAA